AUAAUGAAAAUAAUGACAACUCCCUCAUACCUGCCUCAGGUGUGACGAUUUUAAAACGAGACGGAAGACAACAAACAUGGCGUGCAUACACAGAUUCCUCUGUUGGAAUCUCCGAACAGCAUGUUUUGUUUUCUAUAUUUUAAUUGUGUUUACAGCCACAUUUGCCCUAACGCUUCGCCUUGUGGACCUGAUAGCCACGGGAACAGACUUUGAAAUCAGCAUGGGAUUUAAAACACUGUGGCGAGCUCAUUUUUGGCAAAGUUUUUUGGCGAGCGACAUAGUCCUCACUUUUGGCCAUGUGGUAAUCAUUCUCUACAGUGGUUUCAUGAUUCUACAAGUGAUGGAAAGGCAUUUUGUGAUGUACAUGAGAGCCCACAAAAUUUACAUCAUUUGUUUCAUCAUAUACAUCUUAGUGGAGUUUGCCUUCUCUGUUUUCGAGUACUCAUUCUACGCCAUGAACACAUUUAGGCUGUCUUUCGUGGUGUUUACAUGGUUGUUCUGGGUGUUCAGGACACUUCUAAAUGUGACUUUCGUUGUGGUGUUGGUGGCCAGAAAACAGGAAAUGAACGAGCAGAUGGAGAUGGAACUCCGAUUUGCAGGGGAGUCCAAGCGAGGUUAUUACUGAGGUCAAAAGAUCAAACAGCUGUUACAUAGCAUCCAUUUCCUCAUUGUGCCAUCUUUAGAUAAGCACAUUAGUGACAUAUCAUCCAAAAAAGAUGAAUCUCCAUAGAAAAAGAAAUGAACAUUGCAUGGUUUAAAUUGGAAGUACUUUGGUGGUACAUGUUUUUAUUUAUUUAAAAAAAGAAAUUUGCAUUAUUUCUUGAAAUUCUGACUGUGACAAAGUGUUUUGCAAAUUAUGAUGCAUUGUAAUUGACUAAUUGUAAAUGUGACACAUGGAAAAUAUUUAAACAAAAAGCCUUUUGUCUUUUACCUUAUGUUAACUGAAUCAGCAUUAUGAAAUACCAAACAAACAUUUCCACCAACAAAGUUUAUCUUUAAUGAAAAGUGAUGUUAUUAAUUAUUUUAGGCUAUGUUUUUGUCCAUAUUUAUGACAAAGAUGUGUGAUAUCAUGGUUUCAUGUAUGUAGUACAUUCAUUUCAACUGUAUGACAUUAAUUUCUAAGACACUUUUACUGUAGCCAGAAAUACUGCAAUCGAGAUCUUUCACAUAGACUAGAACAUUUGAUUGACAUGUAAAUAUUACAUCAUUGUAUUAUUUCCAUUAUAUGUACAUAUAUACCUAUUACAUGUAUUACAUUCAUAUUUUUUAAUCUUUGAAUAAAUAAUCCCAUAAAAUCAA